AAAAAGUUUGCUCCCACCACCUGGUCACACUAAGUUGAGUUUUCGAGCCGUUGAGUUGGAGCGUCGGAAUUUCGGAUUCGCGUUUUCUGUUGGCUGCUCUUCGCGUUUCGCGUUGCUGUGUUUUCGUUUCGAUUCGUUUUUUUGUUAAAAACCACCCAGAAGGGUCAGGCAGCCUGGUGACGAGUGCAGGCGCAGCGUCGAAAUCCCAACCAGAGUCAGAAUACAGCGACCGCAGUCGCAGUCGCAGCCGAAGAGCAAGUGCAGCAGGGAAUAGUGCAAAUAAAUUGAAUUAAAGCUAAAUAGAGGCAUAUGCCCGCUCGCUGCUGUCCGCGUUCGCGUUCGCUAAAAUGCUAAGUGUACGGGGCAUGAAAAAGUAAACAAUAACAGAAGCUCUCGAGAAAAAUUUGUUUGUUGCCGUAUUCCAGCAAAAAUAAACACAAACACUUGUUUGUUGCUAUUGCUAUUACUGUUCCUGUUGUUGUUGGUGUGGUGUGUGCGUGCGUGUGUGUGAGAAGAAGAGGAGGGGGCAAGGAGAGGAAAGGUCAAGCCGAAAGUUGCGCAAAAAGACGGGGCAGGCCAGCGGAGAGUUACGUCAGUUACAUUACGGAUAUUAUCCGAUCCAAGCCGAUCUGAUCGUUUGAAGCGUGACCCGGAAAGCCAGCAACAUUCAGUUCGUCUACGUUUACAACAGUUCCGCGCCCCACGCUGCCUCCUCGUACCGCUCCGCCGUCGCCCCCUUCGCGCCCUACGCAGCCGAGCGGACGUCCCACCCCCGACCUCAUCCUCCGCCCCAGGAGUUGCUGCCCUCGGACACCGAGCAGCUAGCCGACGAAGAGGAGGAGCCGGAGCCGGAGCCAGAGGAGGAGAGAGCAGGUAGCGGACCCUCCAUCAAGCCCCUGAUCGCGAUCGCAGCCAGCCAGCGCAGCUCGCAACCGGAAGCGGCAGGAAGCCGACAGGAAACAGCCAAGGAGGCACCGACCAAGGAGGGACAAGACACCAGCAUGGCGGUGGCGCGCAAGAAGCAGGACGACAAGUACCUGCUCGCCCUGCGCGAGCUGGUCACCAGCGGGACGGGGGGCAACCGGCAGUGCUUCGACUGCGGCCAGAAGGGACCGACCUACGUGAACAUGACGAUCGGCUCCUUUGUCUGCACCCGCUGCUCCGGAGUUCUACGCGGCUUGACGCCACCACAUCGUGUGAAGUCCAUCUCCAUGGCCACAUUCACCCAGGACGAGAUCGACUUCCUGCGGACACACGGCAACGAGCUGUGCGCCAAGACCUGGCUGGGCCUGUGGGAUCCCAAGCGGGCCGUCCACCAGCAGGAGCAGCGCGAGCUGAUGAUCGACAAGUACGAGCGGAAGCGGUACUACCUGGAGCCGGCCAGCCCGCUUAAGUCGCUGGCCAACGCGGUGAACCUCAAGUCCGCCCCAGCACCCAGCCACGGGCAACAGAACGGCCACCACAACGGAUACGCCAGCAUCCAUCUGACGCCGUCCCAGCGCACCACGGCCAACGGCCUGCAGAAGAUGACCCACUCCUCCUCCUCCUCCGGCAGCUCGGCGUCCAUCAGCCGGCCGAGCCACCACCACCACCACAACCACAAUCAUAGCAGCAGCAACAACAACCACGACGCUUUCGGGCUGACCGGAGGACUGAGCAGUCUCAACAGUGCCGGCUCCACGUCCACGGGCGCCCUCUCGGACACCAGCAGCUGCGCCAGCAACGGCUUUGGCGGGGACUCGGACUUCGUAGCCGACUUUGGAUCAGCCACCAUUUUCGAUGCCACCUCGGCGCGCUCGGCCGGAUCGCCGGCUGUGUCGUCGGUGUCCUCCGUGGGCUCCAGCAACGGGUAUGCCAAGGUGCAGCCACUGAGGGCGGCCCAUCUCCAGCAGCAGCAGCAGCAACAGCAGCACCAGCAGCAGCUCCUGAAUGGAAAUGGACACCAGGGAACGGAGAACUUUGCGGACUUUGAGCAUGCUCCCAUCUUCAAUGCAGGAGGUGCACCUUUGCAGAAUGGUCAUGCGACUAGUCCGCCGAAGAACGGCAGCUCCGGUAUGGCGCCCACUGAGGACCGGUAUGCCGCUCUCAAGGAUCUCGACGAGCAGCUGCGGGAGCUGAAGGCCAGCGAGGCCACCUCGGAGGCGCCCACGCCCACCAACGGCAACGUCGGCAACGGCUUGCCCGAUGCUUUCGGCAGCGCCGCCAUCCUCAACAACAAUCCAAAUCCCUUCAAGGGCCAGCAGCAGCAGCAGCUCAGCAACCACGUGGUGAAUCCAUUCCAGCAGCAGCAGCAGCAACAGAAUCUCUACGGCCAGUUGACGCUCAUACCAAAUGCCUACGGCAGCAGUCCCCAGCAGCCGCCGAACGGCCUCCAGAUGGGCCAUCUUCUCCAGCAGCAGCAGCACCAGCAUCAGUCUCAGCCCCAGACGAGUUUCUUUAAUUUUAACAACAACGGGUUCGCUAUUUCCCAGGGCCUGCCCAACGGCUGUGGCUUCGGAAGCAUGCAACCUGCCCCGGUUCUGGCCAACAAUCCCUUUGCAGCCAGCGGCGCCAUGAACACCAACAAUCCAUUUUUAUGAGACCCGACGCGGAACAAGCCGCCCAAGCCCCUCGCCGAGUGGCUGGGGCGCUGAGCCAGCGAACAAAAAGCGGAUUCGGAGGGCCCGUCCUCGGAGGAGGCGCUGCGAGGGAACCGAACCGAAAUUAGUCCAUUUAACGAACAAUAGCAUUAAUCUAUAUACAUAAUACACGCCGGAGAGCACUCUCCGUGUACAUAAAGCGAAUGUGUACACGCCGCAAGCUCCGUGCCGCUCCAGCCGGCUCCUGACCGGGGGCGGGUGGGUGGCGUCGAUAUAUUCUUUUAUAUGGUAACUCUAUUCUAACGUUAACCGGAACCGGAUAAAUGUAUUUGCCGUGCUCCCUAGAACUCUCUUCUUGUACUAAGCCCACACAUGCAGAACUCACCCAGAUUCUAACUCGAGCUUGGGCCAAGCCAAGUGCCGCCACAAACUAACUAAACUACUAACCUAGUGGCCCAGCCUCGAUUUCAUGGAUGAUUCCCAUGAUACAUGUAUUUGUUUUGUGCUUGUCCUCGUCCUAGUUCGUUUCGUUUCGUGUUUGUCCCUUUUAGCACCUGUUUUGCGGAUAAGAACUCUCUGUCAGUUAUUGAUUGUGUGGCCUUAAUAAGAUUAUAAAACUAUAUAAUAUAACGUACUACUACAUAUACGAAUAUAGAUACAGAUACAGAUAUAUACAAUAUGCUUUUGUACCUAAUGAAUUGCUUCUUGUUUUCAUUGCUAAUCAAUGUGCUAAACGGAAAAAACGUAAAAAACACUUUCGUACGUGCGAUAUCGUAUGUGCAGAUUGCUCAACCUUAGUUGCACACCACAUCGUCGGACGUCUGUACAUAUUCUGUCCGAUCGUAAGCCCCAUGUAAUACCCAGAAAACAGAGCCCAGAGCCCCAGAGCCCAAGCCCAUCCAUCCAUCGACCCAAGUCCAUGACUCAACUCACCUCACCGCUCACAUGUCCAGAUAAGAAGCAAGAGUUUUUCCAUUUUUAGCCUUAACGUGUCAAACAUUAUCGAAGCCUUAACUUUAUUUAAACUACGGAAUUUCAAUAAAAACAAAUAAGAACGCUGA